CGAAGGAUUCCCACAAAGGCAAAGGGCAUAAGUUGGGCAUAAGUUGCGCACGAUCCUAUAUAUGGCCUUGACACGAUCAAGCGCGAUAACUCCAAGAAACUUCGAUUCCAUGCUCUAUGAAUUUAACAGACCUAUUUACAAAACAUAUCUAGGCGUAAAGACAACGUAAGCUUAAACGAAACGUUUCUCACGUACCAUUUAAGUCACCUGAAAGUUUUGUGCCACUUUCUAUGCCGUACGAUAUAUAGGCAUCGUAGAGACAUCUCAAUAUUUUGAGACAGCGUAUUUGAGCUUUCAAAAUGUCAAGAGACCAAGAGCCAAAAGUUGAGCUUUCAAAAUGUCAAGAGACCAAGAGCCAAAAGUUGCUAUCACAUAUUGAACACUAAUGCCAUACAGUUUCGAAUCGCACAUGUUGUCAACUUGUGUUAUCGGCAAGUUAAUCUAUUUGCAAAGCACUAUGGUUGUGUAGCACAAUAUGCGGAGCUAAGCCAUUAAGUUUCAAGAUGCCAAAAGGCGAUAAGAAGCCCAAGUCCAAGUCCGGCUCUGGGAAGGCAGGUGCCGACCACGGCGGAGCUGAUGGCGGCACACAGUCGUGGGAGGCUGCCGUCAGAGACACCGUCAUCAGUGACUCCUCCUGGAGCUGUCGGCUGUUCAUGGUGGCGGCGGCCGACAGCCAGUACUACGACCUGCUGGACAGGGUGUGCACGGCCGUCUUCACCGGCUGCAGGCGCACAUUUGUGCUCAUCGACUACCAGGACAUCGCCGAGAUGCUGCUCUCCAAAAAGGUGGACGGCCCGAGCCAGAAGGGGGGCGCUCGGUCCGGUGCCCGGUCGCGGGGCGCCCCCCAGGUCGGAGACCCUGUGGAGGAACUGUACGGCAGGGCCGGCGCCGUGCUGAACGAGACGGGAACGGUGCCGGCGCCACUGCUGGCCGCCGUCAUCAAAAUGGAACUGGCCGCGCUCAGGAAACAGAAAACGACUGUGAUCGAGAUCGAGCUCCCAGGAACGUCAUCUAGCAAGAAAAAGGCAUCAACGUUUGACCUCAGCGAUGUCAACUUCUCCUCUGGAGGCGAAUCAAAAGAUUCAAGCAGCAACCAGAAGCGCAAUGAGCCCAAGGUAGACGCCAAACAAACGGACACCGGAAAGGAACCUAAACAGAACGAAAGAAAGGAAUCACGGAGAACCUCAGGAGAAAAAUCGGAGGGUAGAGGAAGAAGGAAAACUGUGAAGGAGGUCAAACUAGAAGACGAACUAAUGCAAGACAGACAAGAAGAUGACAAUUUCUGUAAGAAGCGUCUGACGAAGCUCAAGAAGCGUGGAGAGAAUGACGACUCAGUGAUUAUUCUCGAUGAUAUCGUCAUCAAAGAGGACGAGCCGAUCAACGGACCCGAUAUUUACGUCAUUCUGACUGGAUUUCUCCUGCCUGACCUGCCACUAGAAAUGGAGAAAAGAGGGGUGCCCAUAGAAGUGCUGUUCCGGAUCUUUACGAAACCGUCGAUGCCGGCAUUGACACUCCCGGCCAAAAAUGGAGACCCCGCUGGCGAAAAUUCGGCCAGUUUGGACAAAUCGAAGCAGUCAGCACAGUCCAUCCAGCAGUCGGAGUCACAGCUGAAGAUGGAUCAAUCAAAUGCAGAAUUCAUCCUUUCUCUACAAAUUCCCUUAUUCUGGGAGCAGCUUGAAGCGAACGUGAAGUCGAACAGCGCAGAGAUUAUUCCACCAAACUUCCUAGUUAGGGACUUGGUGGUGCCCCUGCUAACCAUCAAAUGCAGCACAGAACAAAGAGUGGUUGGGGAACUUCUGUUCGACAUGUUAGCAGCAGAAAUCUAUGACCAUCUGAAACUGAGAGCAAUAUUCGACUGUUAUCUCAAGUAUCUGCAGGUGACCAAGGUGCCGGACAUCAGCAGCGUGUUCCCGCCGGAGGAACUGUGUCCUCCCCAGGAGGUCGAGGACGAGGCGGCGGCCACGGAGGACGGUGUGCCGGAGCGGACCCCCGGGCCGGCGCCGGCCACCCCGCCGGCGCUGCUGUACCAGCAGAGGCUGCAGGCAGUGCCGCCAGAGGCUGCCUCCGUGCCCAUGAUCGUCAACGCCCUCGUCGACCAGGUUGCACUGUGGAUCGACGGUGAUUUUUACGAGCCGCUAGACUCUCCCGAAACCGAGGAGACAGGUGCCGGUUCGAUCGGGUUCGGCUCUUCUCCAGUUUCUCAGCCGAGCAUGCGGCCCACCCCGGAACCGAUUUUCGAGCAUUCAGAGAGACGGCUACCAGGGGACAGCAGCGGCACUGCGCAGCAGUCGUCUCGCGCCUCUGUCACCAUCCAGGAGCCGGAGCGAUCAGAUACACCGCCGCCGGCGUCCCGCGAGCGGCGCGGCUCUCUGAAACUGCCGGCCCCCGGCCAGCAGGGGCGGCGCGGCUCCACCAAGAGUCCUGAGUUCGAGGCGCUCCGUCAGCGGCGCGCCAGCGCGUUCCCAGCGCUGGGUCCGUGGGCGGCGCUCGCCGGCGCUGGUCGGCGUCCGUCUGCGCAGGGACACCGGACCAGCAGCCGGGCGCUGAGCCUGCCGCUGCCGCAGCUGCUGGCACCGCCGCUGGCAGGAGCCGGGGCGCCCGGCGCCCCGCUGGCGCCCGCAGAGAGCAGCGAUACCAUGGAGGACGACGACGUGGAGGUGCCGGGCCCGUGGCUGCGGCGCCGGUUCGCCGUCACGCAGCCCAUCACUGAGCCGGCGCCGGUGCUCGUCUACCACUGCGACCGAGUGAACGCCCAGUUCUACAGCCGCACAGACCGCACGGUGAUCCACCAGCUGGACCACGUAUUGCGUCACAACUUCCAGCUGCUGCAGCUGCAGGCUUCCGACGUGCCUCCCGACGGCAGCUUCCUCAAACACCACGCCGCCAAACAAGAGCUGCUCGCCAAGCUGACAUCCGUGGUCACCUCGCACGAAAACAUGGACUAUCUGUUGCGCCUGCUGAUGUUCGAGGCACUGUACCCGAGUCUCCGCUCUGAGACGGCUUCGCCGCUGCUGCGCCGUUACCACCACCCGAGUCUGCCGGCGGCGCACGUGUCCGCCGAGCUGGAGUUGCUGCAGCCCGAGUGUGGCCACGGCGCGGCCUGUGACGAGCUGCGGCAGCUCACCACCGACCAGGAGACGACGGGCGUGCGGGCGCGCUUCACCGACCACUGCUGGGUGGAGCUGCUCGACCCCUUCUCCAUGGCUCAGACCUUGUACGAGGCGGAGUGCGGAUGUGACCUGCUGGCUGCCAGCCAUUUCGAGGGCGACGACGGCCUAUACCUGGUGUACGGCCAUCCGCGCGCCUACGACGGCUUCGUGGAACGACGCUGGUGCUUCCGGCAGCACACAGUCGUCGGACUGCGCGACUUCAUCGCGCAUAGCUGCCACAUGCCGGUGGUGGCACAGUGGUUCCAGCAGGAGACGGACAGGAUGAAGAAGGCCGAAAAACGCGACAGAGAAGAGGCCGAGCGACGCCGCGAGCUCGAGCGCCUCAGACCUAUACCAAAGCCCCCGAAAAUGAAGCAAGAGGUUCCAGCGGAAGAAUUUAUAAUCGCCCAGUCUUUGAAAGGACAAAAGCAAGCAGCUCUUAGCAAAGCGGAGGAAGUAGACGAGACAAGUGAGACAAAGACAGAGAAGACACAGGAAAAUCAACAACCCAAAAAGAAGACCGAUGACGCGAAAAAGAAGCCAGCGGAGAACAAGGGAAGAAAACAAUCUCAUGUUCCUGAGGUCACAAAGAUUCAAUUGAUAUCGAAAGAAAAGCGGGAGAAGCAGCUCGCCAGUUCGCGUGCCCGUCUCUUGGAUCCUCUGCCACCAGAUCAGCGGUUCCGUGGUUUUGACCUUGGAGGAAAACUUGCGCACGUCUCAGGAAGACAGUACCGUCAGUAUUUCGAUAACGGUUCCUACCUGACCGUGGAGACCAGCGAACAUCUGAGAGGCUCCCGGUUCCUUUCCGUUUCGGUCAACCACGGGGGAACGGCUCUUCACGUGCAUCCUAGGCCACAGGGAGAGGACGUGGUGAUCCACCUGCUGGGAGGGUGUGUGAUGCACCUGUUGACCCGCCUUCUGAUGCCGGAGCCACCGCCAACGAAGGUCGCCAGCCGCCCCCCGACACCGAGCCUCACCCCUCUGGCACCCACGCGACGCGGCUCGCCAACCGUGCGCUCGCGCAAAUCGCCCUCCCCCGCCGGAAAGGACAAGAAGGAUAACAAAAAGGAAAAGGAAGGCAAGAAGAAACUUCAGAAUAAAAAGUCGCGGGCAUCGACAUCGCGGAGCCCCGCCGGACCGAUCCCGGCUGUGGAGGAGCCCGAGCCAGACGCCCAGCCACCAAAAGUGUCGGAGCCGCAGGUGCUACACACUCUGCGCGUCUCGUGUCCGAGCGGCCUGGUGGUGGAGCUGGAGCCGGACCCGCGCGGCAGCGGCCCCGAGCCCCGCGUGCUCGUCCGACAGUUCUACCUGGACGGCGGCGGAAGUCGGCGUGGAGUGCGCAUCUUCGUCAGCGAGGGUCUGCUCUGCCGCCUGGAUGACGGGGAGCGGGAGGGCGCCGACCUGCUGGGACCAGACGGCUCCAUCACGCGAUGUCAGUUUGUUCAGGAGACUUCAUCUCCUCGGCCGCCAACCAUCGGUGGAAAAUCUGACCGCCCUUCGUCGUCGUCAGACUCUGCGAGCUCUACUGGCGCCGGCACCGCUGCCACAUACCGUUUGGUUCCCGUGUCACUGGUGAAGGCUAACGGCGACAGACAGGAGCUGACCUCAACUUCAACCAGCUCCGAGUCAACUGAGGCACCGAGACGAUAUCUCACCAAACUCGCCACAGAUCCUGUCACCAGAGAGAUGUACGUGGUGCGCCAGGACGGCGUAAGUGCCGUCCUCCGGCCUGGCGGCACCUCCGCCAUCCAGCACGCCGACGGCACGCGGCUCACGCUCAGCGUGCCGGAGCCGGAGCCGGUGGCCCACUCGGACCAGGUGCCCGUCUGCAGCGACUACAUCGUCAACGACGCCGGCUGGAUCGUGUCGGACCGCGCCAGCUGGGUGCUCGGCAUGCGCGUGCUGAUCAGCGACGCGGCCACCAACGACUGGAACGUGCAGACCGAGCACCCCGACUACUGCCGCGUGGUGAUGCGCCAGCUGGCCGGCGUCUGUGAGGUCUACCUGCCCCAGGGAGCGGUGAUCGAGGCUCGCAGCUGCGGCUCGUACACCAUACGGCAGACGGACGACACUCGUCUCCAGGUGGACCCUGAAGCGGUGGUGUUCUCCGCUCCACCCAACGCGCCCGGAGCGCACCCGACCGUCCACACGAUCCCCCUGAGCCGGCCGCCCGCUCCCCCACCUCCGCCGGCGCCGCCGUCAGCGGAGGAAGCGUCCGCCAACGCCGCGCCAGGGACCUCCAGCUCAAAGGUGGCGGACAAACACAAGCAUUCGAAGACGAAAAACAAGGCGGAGCCAUCUGCACCGGCUCAAGCGGGGCCGGAGACAGAGGCGGACACUUCUCCAGAUGCAGAGAAGGAGCCAGAAAAGCCUAGGAUCAGCGACACCGUCUGCGAAACUGUGGAUAGCCGACGGAGGGUGUUCAGGGCCACCAGAAGAGGUCGUCUCGUGAAGGUGGACAAUCGGGACACCUGCCCAGCCAACGGAUUGACGUUGGAAAUGCGAGCACAGCUGGAGUGCAACACUGUGCUUCCCAAACCACCACGCCUCUUUGUGCUGUACCGCGACGGCGACGGUCUGGAGCUAGUGACAUCGGGCGAGGUCUCGCGAUACCUCAGCUUCGUGAAGUCGUCCGAAGGCGGCCAGGUGUGGACGGACGCGCACGCCACCGACCCAGAGGUGCGCACGGUGCGCGUUUUCCGACCGGUGCCCGCCACGGAAAUGCCGCAGCACCGCUGGAAGGUGCCGUAUGUGGAGAGGACGCUGAUUCCCGUCAAUCUCCGAAAUCGGGACCUGACUCUGAUGUGCAAGGACAAGGAGGCGAUGGUCGGCUCCCGAACCUGGUGGGGCGGUGGCGACGGAAAGAUGGGUACCAAUCCCGUGACGGGCCGCCCGCACAAGGUGGAGCUCAUCGAGUCGCGAGAGCUGCUGCAGAUGCCCAGGGUGCAGCCGGAGAUGUACCGGACGGUGGUUCAGGCGGUGCACCAGACGAGACUGCGGGGAGAGCGCGGAGAACCAACGGAGAGGCCGGUGGUCAUCGGCCACCAGCGGCCGCCACCCAAACGGUCCAUACACCUGUUCGAGGCCAACAAACUGAUCGAAUGGCUGGAGGCGGCGAGAGCGAACCACAAGCUGGCAACGUCGACUACACCGAAGCCGCCGAAACAGUCACCCGAGUUCUGGGAAAACUUCCGCAGCGAAGCGGCCGAAAUCAACACAUACAGGGAGAUGCUUCGCACACAGAAGUUUCCGGCGUACUUCCAGUCGGAGGCUGGCGGCGAGUUCUUGGGAAAGCUACGCCAGACGUCACGGCCGCCGCUGGCGCCGCGCCUGCGUCGCGGGGUCAGCCAGCGCCAGGUGGUGCUGGGCGGCGUGCCGCGACCUCUGCCCUCGGGCGCCGUGACCUGUCGGCCGGCCGUGCUGGACCUGGGCGCCGUGCGGCGCGGCGAGUCGGCCGCCGGCCGGCUCUGUCUGCACAACGGCGGCGCCGUCACCGUCGAGUUCCGGCUGCGGCCGCCGGCGCCGCUGCUCAGUCUGCACGUGGAGCCGCGCUCCGGCGUCCUGGAGGCCGGCGGCGAGCUGCCACUGCUGGUCACGUUCCAGCCUGGCGACACGAUGACGGGCCGUUCUGUGUACUUCCGACUGGACGUCGUGUUGGAGGGCGGCCUGGACGUACUGCAGGUGCCGGUGGUGGCGUGCGUGUCCGGAGGGGACUGCCUGCUCUCCCGGCUACCGCCCUUCAGUGUGUCCGCCCGCGCCAACAGCGUGCACUGAGUGGCACAUCGGCCAGCAGCGUGCACUGGGUGGCACAUCGGCCAGCAGCGUGCACUGAGCCUGGCGCCUUGGAAAACCGGGCAGAGUCGCCGACACUGUGCGGUGCGGAAAGUCCUAAGACAAAUGAACAGGCACGCAAAUGAACGUCGCCGAAACGGGAAGAGGAGAGCUUAUUUAAAUGUUGAGAUUAUGUGAUAAGAAGUCUUUGAAUCGAACGAAUGUGGUGCUGCUAUGCUAAGAUGUUUAAUGUUUGUAAAUGAUGUGGUUUCAUGCGUUUGAAUGUGAUCGAUUGUACAUGUGGAAUGCACGUCUAUGAUGUUUGCCUUAGUUCAAGAGUCAUUAUCAUAUUGGCGUGUCUGUGCGAUAAUUUAUGAUUGAAUUCAGAUUAAAAUGAUCGGAUGAUAAUUUCUAUCUCGAAAUAAUGGACCAGUAGUUUGGUUCUUGAAACUUGGCUUGAAGAUAAAUGAAAUAGGUAAAUGUGCCCCGUUCGCUUCUCAAAACAUAGGAAUGCAUGAUGUCGAAAUAUAUGACGUAUGAGCAG